CGAGGCGCCGCGGCCCUGCGGGCGGGGGCUCCGGUCCGGGCUUUGGCUGCGGCCCCGGUGUAGUAGCGGGGGCGGCGGCCGGGGGCAGCGCGGCUCCUUCCCUUGUUGUGUGUGUCGGUGCCUCCUCGCCAUCUUGUUGCAAAGCCCUUUCUUGUCGGCGGGACUCCCGGGGGCCGCGGGGCGGGAGGCAUUGGACGGGAGGUAGAGAGGGAGGGGAAGAAGGAAGGCAGUGCCGCCUUUUUUUUUUUUGCAUUCCAUUUUUUAAAAUUUGCAAAUUUAUAUUUUGCAAAUCUUUUGAGAGACAUUGAUUUUUCUCCCCGUGCUCCCCCGUUCUUCCCUGCGGAGUGCGCUGCGCCGCCCAGCCCUGUCGCCCCCCGGAGGUGAUCUCUCCCUCCUGCCUGCCCGCCAGCCUGACCUGUGCCCGGCUUGCCGGCCGCAGCCUCGGCCCCGGCGCGCCCCCGGCGGCUCUCGGCGCGAUGAGCAUAGAGACGCUACUGGAGGCGGCCCGCUUCCUGGAAUGGCAAGCGCAGCAACAACAGAGAGCACGUGAGGAGCAGGAGCGGCGUCGAUUGGAGCGAGAGCGGGAGCAGGAACAGAAGAAGGCCAACAGCCUGGCCCGGCUGGCACAUGCCCUUCCUGUGGAGGAACCCCGAAUUGAGGCACCACCCCUGCCUCUGUCCCCGCCAGCACCCCCACCGGCACCCCCGCCGGCACUUGCCACCCCUGCCCCAGUGACUGUCAUUCCUAUACCUGUGGUGACCAACUCCCCUCAGCCGCUGCCCCCACCCCCACCCCUACCCCCCACAGCCCAGCCUCUGCCCCUGGUGCCUCGUCAGCCAGCCUUGGUCAGCACCCCUGGACUCAGCAUUAAGGAGCCUGCCCCCCUGCCCAGCAGGCCACAGGUGCCCACUCCUGCUCCCCUACUGCCGGACUCGAAGACCACCAUUCCACCCACUGGCAGCCCCAAGCCUUUGCAGCCCCUCCCCACGCCUAUCCUGACCAUAGCACCACACCCUGGAGUCCAGCCCCAGCUGGCACCCCCACAGCCACCCCCACCCACACUUGGGACCCUGAAAUUGGCACCAGCUGAAGAAGUCAAAUCCAGCGAACAGAAGAAGAGGCCCGGGGGGAUCGGAACCAGAGAAGUCCACAACAAAUUGGAGAAGAACAGGAGGGCCCAUCUCAAGGAGUGCUUUGAGACCUUGAAGCGUAACAUCCCCAACGUGGAUGACAAGAAGACGUCGAAUUUGAGCGUUCUGCGGACGGCGCUGCGGUACAUCCAGUCCCUGAAGAGGAAGGAGAAGGAAUAUGAGCAUGAGAUGGAGCGGUUGGCGCGGGAGAAGAUUGCCACUCAGCAGCGGCUGGCUGAGCUCAAGCACGAGCUGAGCCAGUGGAUGGACGUGCUGGAGAUCGACCGCGUGCUGCGGCAGACGGGUCAGCCCGAGGAUGACCAGGCCUCCACCUCCACCGCCUCUGAGGGUGAGGACAACAUAGACGAGGAUAUGGAGGAGGACCGGGCAGGCCUGGGCCCACCUAAGCUGAGCCAUCAUCCCCAGCCGGAGCUGCUGAAGCCCACCAUGCCACCCCCCAGCACCACCCCUGCGCCUCUGCCUCCACACCCACACCCUCACCCCCACUCUGUGGCCCUGUCUCCUGCCCACCUCCCCGUGCAGCAGCCACAGACACAGCAGAAGACCCCUCUGCCAGCCCCUCCUCCCCAACCAGCGGCCCCUGCCCAGACACUGGUACCAGCUCCAGCCCAUCUUGUGGCAACGGCUGGGGGCGGCUCCACGGUCAUCGCUCAUACAGCCACCACCCACGCUUCAGUCAUCCAGACUGUGAACCACGUUCUACAGGGGCCGGGUGGCAAGCACGUCGCCCACAUCGCCCCCUCAGCCCCCAGCCCUGCUGUGCAGCUGGCACCUGCCACACCCCCCAUUGGCCACAUCACAGUGCACCCUGCCACCCUCAACCAUGUGGCCCACCUGGGCUCCCAGCUGCCCUUGUACCCACAGCCCGUGGCAGUGAGCCAGCCUGUGGCCGUGAGCCACAUCGCCCACACCCUCUCGCACCAGCAAGUGAAUGGCACAGCUGGCCUGGGGUCCCCGGCUACUGUCAUGACAAAGCCGGCCGUGGGGGCACAGGUGGUGCACCACCCCCAGCUGGUAGGCCAGACCGUGCUCAACCCCGUGACCAUGGUUACCAUGCCCUCCUUCCCAGUCAGCACGCUCAAGCUGGCUUGAGGAUGAGGCCACUCAGAGGCCCCCAGUGGGGACAGGGAGGGGGACCUGUCCCCUACUCUCCCACCCACCAGCUCCACACAUUCCAGCCAGGCCCAGGCCCUCCCCGCCACAUCCACCCCCAGGCCUCCUAGGGGAAGGGGGUGCAAAGACUCUGAGCCAAAGGAGGGAAGGGCCACCAGGGCAUUGGGCACAGGGCAGGGGGCUACCCCGCUGCACUAGGACUUAGUAAAAUGACUCUGAGAGAGAAAACUUGAGACAUUCUGGUGGAAUGUGUUGCCUGCCCAGCCCGGUGCCAGCUCCCUCGCCCUCCUGCUUCCCCUCCCUGUCCUCGGAAACCAGUUUGAUGUGGAUGUCAUGCUCCCUGACUUCUCCCUGCCCUGCCCUGCCUUCCUGUGCUGCUGCUGCUAUUGCUGUCUGGUGAGGUGGCCCAGGCCCUGUCUCUCCUUUGGAUCUUCAGCAUUCUCUUCCCAGGCUUUUGGAGGGGAAAUGGGGGAAGCAGAACUGAAGCCACUUGGCCCAGAAAGCUGUGGACUGGGGUGGUGAGGGGCCCUACUCUGAGAACAGGUGACAGAUCAUAGGAAGUGGCUGGCCUGGAGUCCCACUGGACAGGCAGGCGCCCCAGCCUGGGGCUCUCUGACCCAGUUGCAGUCACUGUGAUUUGUUACCGUAGAAACGACUUAAAAUGAUUCUCUACCAACAAUAAACCAAACCCAGCCACUGCCAAGCUUCCUGUGCCCCCAACCCAACCCCUGCCACUGGGCUCUGGACCCCAGCAGGGCAGGCUGCAGUGGAGGAAGGACUCGGCUGUCCUGUCCCCUUCCCCGUCCCCUGCAGCCUGAGUCUGGAUAGGAGGAGAGCUUGGCUCUUGACUUCCAGAAGGCAGCAGAGAGGGGCACUGUCCUGCGUUUGGACCCUGAUCCUCUGACCUUUGCUGAGUGCUGGGCACUCCUCCAAGGGACGGGGGGCCUCCUACAGCUCAGGAGACAUGGACCAGCAUCUGGUCUUGUUCCCAGGUGCCUAGAAGCCACAUCGUUGAGGCAUCAGGAAGGUAAAAACCCAGGGGCCCAGCCAUGCCCUGGGACCUAUCCAGAAAGAGAGCGGAGCGAGGGCUGCUUCUGCCCAACCCCUCUGCCCAUCCUCCCAUUCCUUCAACACCCCACUUUUCCAGGGGCACUUUUGAGCAGGCUCUCCCUGGGGGCUGCUGAGCCACACCACCUUUCUCUGAGAAAAGGUCCUUGGUUGGGAAAAGGACAAGGCUGAGUGUGGAGUGAGGAGUCAGGGGCUCUACCUUAGGGCGUGGCUUUCCCUGCCUCUGCCUGGGCAGCCUGCUUUGGCCUCUUGUUGUAUGUGGAUGUUUAUUACAAGUGGCCUUGUGUCAGACAUGCUCAGCUCCCCACCUGGACACACACUCACCAGUGGCCUUUCAGUGUAGAGGGAGGAAGCCAGUGUCCCUGGGUGUGAAGUUCCCACUGAUGGGCUGGGGCAGGGGCCUGGGCAGACAAGGGGGCCAGACGGGGACAGAGUUGAGGAUUCCCUGGAGUACAGGAACAGGAGGUAUGGAGGUGGUCAGCAAAGGUCCUGAGUAGAUUUUCUCUUGAAAUGAAGAAUCCUUAGAUAGCUAAGAACUCCCUUUCUGUUCCUUCCUGAUGUGGGUAAAGGGACAGCUACAAACCAGGUCACCACCCUCAGAGGCUGAGCCCUGUACCCACCCCAGCACAGCCACCUCCACCAGACCUCUGGGAGAGCCAGCUUUGCUGUUCCCAUUGUGACAGUGGUGGCAGGCCAGACCCAAAGGGCGGUCAGAGCAGCCCCUCCCUCAGCCUGCCCACCUCUCCCUGCAUCCUGAGGCCAGUGGCCCCCGGGCCUGCACAGAUACCUCAUCAUUCACCCACUGCCCCUCCCCGUCCCUGUCCCCCAGUAGUGGGGGCCUGCAAAUCUAGUGCCGAAUGACUAUGUCCAGAUUGGUGACGAUGGGUGUUGCUGUUGUUUUUGUUGUUGUUUGUGAAUGCUGUGAUGCUGUGUGCCCAAGUGGGCAGCCACCACCUGGCCCUUCCUUGGGCGCCUCCCUCUGAGAGCUGUCAGGACCACAUCUGUCCUCACCCUGUGGGACCGCCUGCCUCUCCCUCCCUAGCCCUUCCAGCCUGGGACACACACACACACACACACACACACACACACAUCUUACCUCUCAUUCGUGUAUUACCUUUUGAUGUUCAGAGUGGCUCACUGGCUGGGAGUCCUUACCUCGGGGAGAGGGGGAGGUUGGUUCCUUGUGGGGGGCCAAAGAAGGCAGGGAAUGCCUGGAGGGUAACUGGGGGGUCACCAUAACCCCACUCCCUCCAGAAACAGCUGCUUCUCCCCCCAUCCCAGGGUCCCACCCCCAAGCCCCCAAAGAGGUGGCCCUUGUUUACAGUGAGGACUUGGUCACUGUGUCUCUGUUCCCUGAAAUAUAAACUGUAGCGACCCCAGACUGUAGAGAUUUUUAUGUGUUUGGAUACAUCUGCUGUGUGGGAAAAAAAAACAAAACAAAAACCCUAAUUUUGUACAUAUUGUAUUUUUACUAUUGAACUGUAUUCUAGUGGCUGUUCAUGCUCCGAGACUUCAGUUACUGAGACAUGAAUACUAUCCAUGUAAUAAGCACUUGCCUGGAAUAAAAUAUAAAACUGAAAUAAACCUGCACUGAAACCUGA